CCUUGGGGGGUCAGAUGAGAGGAAGGGGCUGCAGCUGCUGCUGAGUCUCGCCCUGGUCCAGAAGCCGAAGCAGGCAGAUUGGCACCCGUCCGUCUGUCCGUCCGUUCCCCCCCCGCAAAGGCAGCUGGACAGGCAGAAUCAGGUAAAGCAGGAGAGGGAACAUCUCAGGCGCCAUCAUGGUUGCCUUAUCGCUCAAGAUAAGCAUUGGCAAUGCGGUGAAGACUAUGCAGUUUGAGCCCUCCACUAUGGUGUACGACGCCUGCCGCAUCAUCCGACGGGUGCCGGAGGCACAGAUGGGGCAGCCCAACGACUUUGGCCUUUUCCUCUCGGACGAAGACCCCAAGAAGGGGAUAUGGCUGGAGGCCGGGAAGGCUCUGGACUACUACAUGCUCCGCAAUGGGGACACGAUGGAGUACAAGAAGAAGCAGCGGCCCCUGAAGAUCCGCAUGCUGGAUGGGACGGUCAAGACGGUCAUGGUGGAUGACUCCAAGACGGUCACCGACAUCCUGAUGACCAUUUGUGCCCGGAUCGGCAUCACCAAUUAUGAUGAGUACUCGCUGGUGCGGGAGAUCUGGAGGAGAAGGAAGGAGGAGCAGACGGGCACCCUCCGAAAGGACAGACCCUCCUAGCUCGCCGAGAAGAAGAUGGAUAUGCUGAAGCAGCUCCACACGGAUGACGAGCGUACGUGGCUGGAUCACGGACGCACUUUGCGCGAACAGGGCAUCGAUGACACCGAGACGCUGCUCCUCCUCCGGCGGAAGUUCUUCUACUCCGACCAGAUGGAUUCCCGCGACCCCGUGCAGCUCAACCUCCUCUACGUCCAGGCCCGCGACGAUAUCCUGAACGGCUCCCACCCCGUCUCCUUUGACAAAGCCUGCGAGUUUGCCGGUUCAUGCCAUAUCCAGUUUGGGCCUCACAAUGAGCAGAAGCACAAGCCGGGUUUUCUGGACAUGAAGGACUUCCUGCCAAAGGAGUACAUCAGCGAAAAGGGGGAGCGGAAGAUUUUCCUGGCCCACAAGAACUGUGGCGGCAUGAGUGAGAUCGAAGCCAAGGUCCGCUACGUGAAACUCGCCCGCUCGCUCAAGACCGACGGCGUCUCCUUCUUCCUGUCAAAGUAAAAGAUGAAGGGGAAGAAGCUGGUCCCCCGUCUCCUGGGCAUCACCAAGGAGUGCGUGAUGCGUGUGGACGAGAAAAACAAGGAGGUCAUUCAGGAGUGGAAUCUGACCAACAUCAAGCGCUGGGCCCUCUCCAAGAGCUUCACCCUGGAUUUCGGGGACUAUCAGGAUGGCUAUUACUCAGUGCAGACCACCGAAGGGGAGCAGAUUGCCCAGCUCAUCGCUGGCUACAUCGACAUCAUCUUGAAGAAGAAAAAGAGCAAAGACCACUUUGGCUUGGAGGGAGACGAGGAAUCCACCAUGCUGGAGGACUCCGUGUCCCCCAAGAAGUCGACCCUCCUGCAGCAGCAGUUCAACCAGCUGAACAAAGCCGAGCACAGCUCCGUGGCCCUCCCGGUUAUCAUACGGCCAGGGGCCAGGCCGGAGAACUUCCAGAUGGGCACCAUGCCCCAGGCCCAGCAGCAGGUCACCAGUGGGCAGAUGCAUCGGGGCCACAUGCCCCCUCUGGUAAGGCAGGCCCUGACGGGGACCCUCAACUCCAGCCUGCAGGCUGUGAAAGCUGCCCAGUCCAGCCUGGAUGACUUCGAGACCCUCCCGCUUGGCCAAGACGCGGCCUCCAAGGCCUGGCGGAAGAACAAGAUGGACGAGUCGAAGCACGAAAUCCACUCCCAAGUCGACGCCAUCACCGCAUGCACGGCUUCCGUGGUCAACCUGACUGCCGGGGACCCGGCAGAGACAGACUACACAGCCGUGGGCUGCGCCGUCACCACCAUCUCCUCCAACCUGACUGAAAUGUCCAAGGGGGUGAAGCUGCUGGCGGCACUAAUGGAGGACGAGGGUGGCAACGGGCGGCAGCUCCUGCAGGCUGCUAAAAAUCUAGCCGGGGCCGUCUCCGAACUGUUUGAAGACAGCCCAGCCGUUCCACCGCGGAGGUCACCGCGGCAGAAUCUGUUGCAGGCAGCCGGUGCGGUGGGACAGACCAGCGGAGAAUUGCUGCAGGAGAUUGGGGAGAGUGACACGGAUCCCCAUUUCCAGGACGUGCUGAUGCAGCUUGCCAAGGCGGUGGCCAGCGCGGCGGCCGCUUUGGUGCUGAAGGCCAAGAACGUGGCCCAGAAGACGGAGGACUCUGUGCUGCAGACGCAGGUGAUCGCCGCGGCCACCCAGUGUGCCCUCUCCACUUCCCAGCUGGUGGCCUGCACCAAGGUGGUUGCUCCCACCAUCAGCUCCCCCGUCUGCCAGGAACAACUGAUUGAGGCUGGGAAGCUGGUGGCCAAGUCCGUGGAAGGCUGCGUGGAUGCUUCCCAGGCAGCCACCUCCGACGAGCAGUUGCUGAAGCAGGUGGGGGUGGCCGCCACCGCGGUGACCCAGGCGCUCAACGACCUGCUGGAGCACAUCAAGCAGCACGCCACGGGGGGGCAGCCGGUCGGGCGCUACGACCAGGCCACCGACACCAUCCUCAACGUCACCGAGAACAUCUUCAGCUCCAUGGGCGACGCUGGCGAAAUGGUGCGUCAGGCUCGCAUCCUGGCCCAGGCGACGUCUGACCUGGUGAACGCCAUCAAGGCGGACGCGGAGGGGGAGACCGACCUGGAAAACUCGCGGAAAUUGCUGAGUGCUGCCAAGAUCCUGGCAGAUGCCACAGCCAAGAUGGUGGAAGCGGCAAAGGGGGCUGCGGCCCACCCGGACAGCGAGGAGCAGCAGCAGCGGCUGCGGGAGGCGGCUGAGGGGCUCCGCAUGGCUACCAAUGCCGCAGCCCAGAACGCCAUCAAGAAGAAGCUGGUGCAUCGGCUGGAGCAUGCAGCCAAGCAAGCCGCUGCCGCUGCCACCCAGAUGAUUGCGGCUGCCCAGCACAGUGCCGGAGGGAGCAAGAACCCUUCCGCCCAGCAGCAGCUCGUGCAGAGCUGCAAGGUGGUGGCCGAUCAGAUCCCGAUGCUGGUGCAGGGUGUUCGGGGCAGCCAGUCGCAGCCGGACAGCCCCAGUGCCCAGCUGGCCCUUAUUGCCGCCAGCCAGAACUUCCUGCAGCCCGGUGGGAAGAUGGUGGCUGCCGCCAAGGCCACGGUACCCACUGUCUCGGAUCAGGCCUCUGCCAUGCAGCUCAGCCAGUGCGCUAAGAACCUGGCGGCAGCUCUUGCCGAACUCCGCACAGCAGCACAGAAGGCGCAGGAGACCUGUGGGCCCCUGGAGAUCGACUCGGCCCUCAGCCUGGUGCAGAGCCUGGAGAGAGACCUGCAGGAGGCCAAGGCGGCUGCCCGGGAGGGCAAACUGAAGCCCCUUCCAGGGGAGACGAUGGAGAAGUGUGCCCAGGAUCUGGGCAACAGCACCAAGGCAGUCAGCUCCGCCAUGGCUCACCUGCUGGGAGAGGUUGCCCAAGGCAACGAGAACUAUACAGGGAUUGCAGCGCGGGAUGCGGCGCAGGCGCUGCGCUCCCUCAGCCAGGCUGCGCGGGGGGUGGCCGCCAGCACGGAGGACCCUCAGGCCCAGGCAGCCACUCUGGACUGCGCCGCAGACGUCAUGGACAAAGCCAGCAGCCUCAUCCGGGAGGCCCGCAAGGCAGUUUCCAAGCCAGGGGAUGCCGAGAGCCAGCAGCGCCUGGCCCAGGUGGCCAAGGCUGUCUCCCAAGCCCUGAACCGUUGUGUCAACUGCCUGCCUGGUCAGCGGGACGUCGAUGCUGCCAUCCGCACCGUUGGCGAGGCUAGCAAGAGGCUGCUGGCCGAUUCUUUUCCUCCCAGCACCAAGAACUUCCAGGAGGCCCAGAGCCAACUCAACCAGGCUGCGGCUGGCUUGAACCAGUCGGUCAAUGAGUUGGUGCAGGCAUCGCGUGGGACCCCCCAGAACCUGGCCAAGGCAUCCGGCAAGUUUGGCCAGGACUUCAAUGAGUUCCUGCAGGCUGGGGUGGAGAUGGCCGGCCAGUCCCAGUCCAAGGAGGCCCAGGGCCAGCUGGUGUCCAACCUGAAGGGCAUCUCGCUCUCCUCCAGCAAGUUGCUCCUGGCAGCCAAAGCUCUCUCCGCAGAUCCUGCGGGGCCCAACCUGAAGAACCAGCUGGCAGCAGCUGCCCGCGCUGUGACGGACAGCAUCAACCAGCUGAUCACCAUGUGCACCCAGCAGGCCCCGGGCCAGAAGGAGUGUGACAAUGCUCUGCGGGAGCUGGAGACGGUGCGGGAACUUCUGGAGAACCCCACCCAGGCCGUCAGCGACAUGUCGUACUUCAACUGCCUGGACAGCGUCAUGGAGAACUCCAAGGUGCUGGGCGAGGCCAUGGCGGGCAUCUCACAGAAUGCCAAGAACAGCAAGAUGCCAGAGUUUGGGGAGUCCGUCAGCACCGCCUCCAAGGCCCUCUGUGGCUUCACGGAAGCAGCGGCCCAGGCAGCGUAUUUGGUGGGCGUUUCUGACCCCAACAGCCAGGCCGGUCAGCAAGGCCUGGUGGACCCCACCCAGUUUGCCAGAGCCAACCAAGCCAUCCAAAUGGCCUGCCAGAACCUGAUUGACCCAGCCUGCACACAGUCACAGGUCUUGUCGGCUGCUACCAUCGUGGCCAAGCACACCUCCGCCCUUUGCAAUACCUGCCGACUGGCCUCCUCCCGCACCGCCAAUCCAGUGGCCAAGCGCCAGUUUGUCCAGUCUGCCAAGGAGGUAGCCAACAGCACAGCCAACCUGGUCAAGACCAUCAAGGCUUUGGAUGGCGCUUUCACUCCGGAGAACCGCGAGCGCUGCCGUGAUGCCACAGCCCCACUGAUUGAAGCGGUGGAGAACCUGACGGCCUUCGCCUCUAAUCCCGAGUUUGCCACCAUCCCUGCCCAGAUCAGCCCAGAGGGGCGCAGGGCCAUGGAGCCCAUCCUCUCCUCUGCCAAGACCAUGUUGGAAAGCUCGGCUGGCCUCAUCCAGACGGCUCGCUCUCUGGCGGUCAACCCGAAGGACCCACCCAAGUGGUCGGUGCUGGCAGGCCAUUCGCGCACCGUCUCCGAUUCGAUCAAGAAGCUGAUCACCAACAUGAGGGACAAGGCUCCAGGCCAGCGGGAGUGCGACGAGACCAUUGAAACGCUGAACAGGUGUGUCCGUGACGUGGACCAGGCCUCCUUGGCAGCCAUCAGCCAGCAGCUGGCGCCUCGCGAAGGCAUCUCCCAGGAGGCCCUGCACAACCAGAUGCUUGCAGCUGUUCAGGAGAUCAGCAACCUCAUCGACCCCGUGGCAGGCGCUGCUCGUGCGGAGGCCUCCCAGCUGGGCCACAAGGUCUCCCAGCUGGCCCAGUACUUUGAACCCCUGGUCAUGGCUGCGGUGGGUGCAGCCUCCAAGAUGCUGAACCACCAGCAGCAAAUGAACCUUCUGGACCAGACCAAGACCCUGGCGGAGUCCGGCCUGCAGAUGCUCUACACAGCCAAGGAGGCCGGGGGAAACCCCAAGCAGGCGGCCCACACACAGGAGGCCCUGGAGGAGGCGGCGCAGAUGAUGAGGGAGGCGGUGGAAGACCUCACGGCCACCCUGAACGAAGCCGCCAGCGCUGCGGGAGUGGUAGGCGGCAUGGUGGAUUCUAUCCGGCAGGCCAUCAACCAGCUGGACGAGGGCCCGAUGGGGGAGCCCGAAGGCACCUUUGUGGACUACCAGACCACCAUGGUGAAGACGGCCAAGGCCAUCGCGGUGACGGUGCAGGAGAUGGUGACCAAAUCCACCACCAACCCAGAUGAACUUGGCAUCCUGGCCAACCAGCUGACCACGGACUACGGGCACCUCGCCCUGCAGGCCAAGCCCGCUGCCCUCACAGCCGAGAAUGAAGAGAUUGGCGCCCACAUUAAGAACCGCGUGCAGGAGCUGGGCCACGGCUGUGCUGCUCUGGUGACCAACGCCGGGGCCCUCCAGUGCAGCCCCAGCGAUGCCUACACCAAGAAGGAGCUGAUUGAAUGCGCCCGCAAGGUUUCGGAGAAGGUUUCCCACGUGCUGGCGGCCCUCCAGGCCGGCAACCGGGGCACCCAGGCGUGCAUCACCGCAGCCAGUGCCGUUUCGGGCAUCAUCGCAGAUCUGGACACCACCAUCAUGUUUGCCACCGCUGGGACCCUCAACCGGGAGAACGCGGAGACCUUCGCUGACCACAGGGAAGGCAUCCUGAAGACAGCCAAAGCGCUGGUGGAAGAUACCAAAGUGCUGGUGCAGAAUGCCACUGCCAGCCAGGAGAAGCUGGCCCAAGCGGCACAGUCUUCGGUGACGACCAUUACACGCCUGGCAGAGGUGGUGAAGCUGGGCGCUGCCAGUUUGGGCUCUGAGGACCCCGAGACUCAGGUGGUUCUGAUCAACGCGGUCAAGGACGUCGCUAAAGCCCUGGGGGACCUGAUCAGCGCCACCAAAGCCGCUGCUGGCAAGUCUGGGGACGAUCCUGCGGUAUACCAGCUGAAGAACUCCGCGAAGGUGAUGGUCACCAACGUCACGUCGCUCUUGAAGACGGUCAAAGCCGUGGAGGACGAGGCCACCAAGGGGACGCGGGCCCUGGAGGCCACCAUCGAGCACAUUCGGCAGGAGCUGGCGGUGUUCUGCUCCCAGGUGCCCCCUGCCAAGACCUCCACGCCGGAAGACUUCAUUCGCAUGACCAAAGGCAUCACCAUGGCAACAGCCAAGGCGGUGGCAGCCGGCAACUCCUGCCGCCAGGAAGACGUCAUAGCCACAGCCAACCUGAGCCGCCGCGCCAUUGCGGACAUGUUGCGCUCUUGCAAGGAAGCUGCGUGCCACCCAGAGGUGGGCAGUGAGGUGCGGCACCGAGCCCUUCGCUUUGGCAAGGAGUGUGCUAGCGGCUACCUGGAGCUUCUGGAGCACGUCCUGGUGAUCCUGCAGAAGCCCAGCCACGACCUAAAGCAGCAGCUGUCCGGCUAUUCCAAGCGGGUGGCUGGUUCCGUCACGGAGCUCAUCCAGGCGGCCGAAGCCAUGAAAGGGACCGAGUGGGUCGACCCCGAGGACCCCACAGUCAUUGCCGAAAACGAGCUGUUGGGGGCAGCCGCCGCAAUCGAGGCCGCAGCAAAGAAGCUGGAGCAGCUGAAGCCGCGAGCCAAGCCUAAGCAAGCAGACGAGAGCCUCAACUUUGAAGAGCAGAUCUUGGAGGCAGCCAAGUCCAUCGCUGCGGCCACCAGCGCCCUGGUGAAGGCAGCUUCCGCGGCCCAGAGGGAACUGGUGGCCCAAGGCAAGGUGGGCGCCAUCCCAGCCAACGCCCUGGAUGACGGACAGUGGUCUCAAGGCCUCAUUUCAGCCGCCCGGAUGGUGGCCGCUGCCACCAACAACCUCUGUGAAGCCGCUAACGCGGCGGUCCAAGGCCACGCCAGCGAAGAGAAGCUCAUCUCCUCCGCCAAGCAGGUGGCGGCCUCCACGGCGCAGCUCCUGGUGGCGUGCAAGGUGAAGGCGGACCAGGACUCCGAGGCCAUGAAGCGCCUGCAGGCGGCCGGCAACGCGGUGAAGAGGGCCUCAGACAACCUGGUGAAGGCGGCGCAGAAGGCGGCGGCCUUCGAGGACGAGGAGAACGCGACGGUGGUGGUGAAGGAGCGGAUGGUGGGGGGGAUUGCGCAGAUCAUCGCCGCCCAGGAAGAGAUGCUGCGCAAAGAGCGGGAACUGGAGGAGGCCCGGAAGAAGCUGGCCAUGAUCCGUCAGCAGCAGUACAAGUUCCUCCCCUCCGAGCUGCGGGACGAAGGGCAGAACUGAGCUGCCCCAACGGCCGAACCCCUAGCGAGGGCAGCCCUCCUCAUAGCCGGGCCCCAGGACCCUCAGCCGCCAGGCCCACUGCUUCUGCACGAGCCCCCAAAAGCCCCUUCAUGCCGUGCUCUGGACUGCCCUCCUGGGCUGCCCCUCCGGGGAGCCUCCCCUGUGCCUUGGCUGCCUGCUCAGCCUGAUUGUCUUGGGGGGGCCGUGGAGCCCCCCCCUGGGGCUGUGCAAUCUGGGGGGGGCACCCCUCCCGGCCUCUGCCUCUCAGCAUUCUGCCUUAAGGGCGGGCGCUGACCCGUGGCUGAAGGGCCGGCCCCGCCCUUUGAUUCCCAAGUGCCUGCCAGACCCCCCCACAGCCCUCCAACUUGCUUGGCUCCCCCCCCACACGAGCCUCCCCCCCCCCACACGACAGGAGCCCCUCUCCUGCACAAGCCCCCAAGCGCCGUGUGCUUGACCGCAUCUGGGGACCAACUCCACAAGCUGAGGCUACUCACCUGUUUUUACUUUUGAUACAUGCCUAAGGCCGGGAGCCCAGGGCUGGUGGGAGGGCGAGGGGUCUCCUUCCGAUCCCCUCGGGCUGCCUGGAAUGGGCUGCUCUGCAAUAAACUGGUUUCUCUGCC